GUUCAAAUCAAUGGACAAUCGCUGUCGAUGGAGCACGGCCGAGCAGCACUUCUCAUCUUCUUCAUCAACAACUAUGGAUACCACAUUCGAGGAUUGGCAGAGAUACCUUGACUGGAAGGAAAUUUCCGAUUCUAUCCCAACCGGUAUGCCCGACAUGAACCUAUCGCCUCAAGACGUGGUUCAAUUUCCUACACGUCCUUUUGGCCUGGAGGGGAUACCCGAAGUAGAGGAGAAUGCCCCUGUGCCCGACCUCGAACUAGACACCUUCGAAGGGCCUUUCAGCAGUUUGUGCCUCCCGCAGAUGGACCGAGGUUUGGACCUGGGCAGAAGCAACCAAGAUAGCGAAGAGAUCCUGAGGCGCCUGGAUGACAUAUCCGCCCGCUUGUCUCGGCUGGAAAGCACUGUGACGACGACUGCCAACGACAUGGAGCGAGUCAUGCACACGGCUCGGGGAGCAUUACAGAACCUGAUUGACCUGGCAGAUGGCUUCUAUGAUAGUAUUGAAAAACUGAAAACGUGUAUGGGCCUGUUCACCAAGGGGUUGGUAGAACACUUUUUCGGCGAUGACGCGACGUUGGAAGUCGAAAUGUAACGCUCGUAGUUGAAGACGUCGUCUGGGCAUGGACAGGGGUCACACUUCGCGAAGUACCUGCAGGGGUAUUGAGCCUUGAAGCAUGUAACUGCCACCACUAUCG